AUGACAAUAUCGUCAGCACAGCCCUGGCAAAGUAUACCUCUGCGGGUCAGUCUGUCCAGCAGCCCGUCUACCAGCAAGCUCCACAAGAGAGGCGAGAGGACACCCCCUUGGGGGCAUCCCCUUGUGGUAGAUACUGUGGACGACUGUCCUCCUAUAGUGGCGAGCCAUGGCCUAGAUGACAGUAGUGAUUUGAUCCAUCUACUGCACACGGUCUACUUUGAGCCAUUACCGGGGUAUUCCCAUCCGGUGCGUAAUGUUUACUUCAGUGUCCAGCGGGGCGAAUGCUUCGGGUUGUUGGGCAAGAAUGGAGCCGGGAAGUCCACAAUCUUCAAGCUGCUCACUGGGCAAUUGCAGCCCGACGUGGGUCAAAUUUACUUCGAGCAACCCGGCAUUUCAUACUGCCCGCAGAGCAACCCGCUGGACCCGCUGCUGACGACGACCGAGUGCAUCCGCUUCUACGGACGCCUGCGGGGCAUUCGCGAUCUGGAUCAAUUUUUGGACCGUGUGCUGGACACGUACGAGCUGCGUCCCUACAAGGAUGUCCAGGUGCGGAACCUGAGUGGCGGCAAUAGGCGCAAGCUAACUGUGGCUGUGACCUGUUGCGGAUGCACGCCCACCGUCCUGAUGGAUGAACCAACGAGCGACAUGGAUCCCGUGACCAGGGACAUGGUGUAUGCCACCAUCGAGCAGCUGCUGCUGGCCCGCAGAGCGGUGGUGCUGACCUCUCAUUCCGUUUCGGAGAUCGAGCAUCUGUGCCAAAGGGUGGCGGUGCUUAGGGCGGGCCAGGUCAUCGCCAGCGAUAGUCCGCAGCGGUUGAAAUCAGAACAUGGUGGUUACUACUCCGUGACCUGCUUCUGCGGCCCCGCCCAACAGGCUAUUCUUUCAAGAAGCUUGAGUCAACGAUUGCCGGGAGCCCGGGACUUGCAGCACUAUGCCCACAGCUUGCGGUUCCUCGUCAGGAUCCGUUCGCCUGGCAGCCUGGGCGAUGCCCCCCUUCUCUCUGAACUCUUCGCCAUCCUUCGCGAUGUCUGCGUGAAUGUGGCUCGCUUUUCGCUGAGUCGCUGCCGUUUCGAGACCGUUUUCGAACGAAUCCUUGACAGCAGCGAGUCGAAUGGCAGCAAUGGCGUGCACAAGGAUCAGCAGCAGCAGGAUGCCAGGAAGGAUCUGCCAAGCAAAUCCCCUGCUGUCGGUGGCACUCUCGAAACCGGCUAUAUUCAUUGUGGCUAUGAGGAGACAAGAACUUAAACGACUCAGUCAUGCUCCGAUUUUGAAACCAAAAACGACUAAAUUCAAAUUCCAUUUUUUAAUCGAAUAAUCGUUAUUAUUCCGGACUUUUUAGUGUGUUCAAAAUUACAGUUGCAUCAAAACUAAAUUAGAGUAAUUAAGAAAUUAAAAUGACCAUUAAGAAAGCUUAGCAAACCAAAUUAUAUUGUUCUGCUGUUAUAUUCAACUAGACAAAUCAUUUUUUUUGUUUUGUAAACUGAUUUCGGUGUACUACUUGUUAUUAUUUUAUCAAAUAUUGGACGUCAUUUGAAAUAAUUAGGCAGAUAAUAAUAAUUAGAAAUUUAAAAGGCAAAGGAUUUCCCAGAAAAAUUUUAUUUCUAAUAAUUUAGCUGCGUACAUAUUUAAAAAUGCUAGCUUUAUAAUGAAGUUUGAAACUUACUAUUAUCGUGGGUGGAAUAAAUUAGUUUAUAAGUCAUGAAACAUGUUUAUAGCCGACAUAUGCAUAUAGAUUAGUACCCUAAUGCAAUUUUUUUUAAUAGUUAGACCAGUUUUAUGUGAUAAGAUGUGAUAAGUUGGGGCCUACGUGGCAAUAAUUUACUUAAUUCUGGGUGUUCUGUUUAGACAUUAUGAGUCCCUCCCUUGCCCCAAAACAUUAUUUCCAUAGAGCUUUAAUAAAUAUUUACUGUGUGCGUGAAAUGUAA